AUGGCUGACAAAGGCAAAAAGGGCAAGAAGGCGGUGGCGGCGGCGGCGGCACCUGCAUCGGCGCCCACAGCUGCGCCGCCGUCCCCUCCUCCAGCUGACGAACCAGGGGACAAGAAAGACCAAGAGGACAAGGAGAUCAAGAAAAAGCCAAAGUCGGUGCAGCCCAAGGAUGAAGUGGGCACCAGGAAGGGGUGUCGCCGCUACAUGUGGGAAUUCAAGAAAGGCAAUAGAGAGUUCUGGGUGAUCGGACACGCCGAGGUCAAGAUCCUGAGCUUGGGCUGCCUGAUAGCUGCACUGGUACUGUUGACGGGGACCAGCGUGCACCCUCUCCUGAUGCUCAUCGUCACCAUGGAGAUGUCCAUCUUCUGCUUCUUCUUCAUCACCUACACCCUCGCCAUCAACAGAUACAUACCCUUCAUCCUGUGGCCCAUUUCUGACCUUCUCAACGACCUGUUUGCCAUUAUUUUCCUUGUGGGGGCCGUGGUCAUAGCUGUGAAAAGUCGACAAACCAUGCCACUGCACUACUUUAUUGCUGUGAUCCUUAUUGGUAUGGCUGGAAUGUUUGCUUUAAUGGAUAUGUGUCUUCAAAGAAAACAUUUCAAAGGCAAGAGGCUCAAAACCAAUGUGCUGUUUCCUCCAAAAAAUGAACGAAAGGUUGAAAAGCCAAAGGAAGCAGAAAACCCACCAGAAAAGGCACCAGAAAAGGCACCACAAAAAGCAGAAAAGCCAAAGGAAAAAGUAAAGGGAGGCAAGAAAUGA